UUGGGUGGCGAUCAUUCAUGAACAGACCUGCAGCGGUGGCCCAGUGCCACCCAAUGCCGAUUUCGAGCUACCUGUUUUCUAUAAAAGCGAGGCGUGAAGGGACGAGGGGCAGCACAAGCCUUGCACACUUCGAGGAGAGCACACAUCACACCCGAACACGCCAUGGAACAGAGCCAUCUCUAUCUGCAUAAAUUCUACGCCCAGAUCAGUCCAGGGCCCCUCAUAGUCAGCGCCCCUGGCCUUCAUCCGCAGAGCAGACCGGCAACGCAGCAACCCGAGCACAUUGACGAGCUGGUGGCUCUGGAGCUGCAGCACCUGAAGACGCACUACGCCGACGAGGAGCAAAGAUAUGUGGACCAGAUGCUGCUCGCGAACCCCAUUGUGGUGGAGCGACGGGCCCAACCUAGGCCGGAGACGACAGCGUCCGGCGCACCAUCCCCGACAGAGGCAUCCAGAACAGUACCAGUGCCAACACCCUCGCCCAGAGCCACAUCCGCAGCCGCUCCAAUGGCCAGCAGUCGCCACGACACCCAGCGGCAGAGGGCCGAGUCCUGCCGCAAGUCGCGCUACAACAACAAGAUCAAGAAGGCCAAGCUGCGCUUCCGUCACAAGUUCGUCAGCAGCCAGCUGACGGAGAGCGCCGGAGUGCUGGACCACAUGCGGGAGGUGAUUGCCCAGGCGGAGGCGGAGCUGCUGGCGCGGGGCUUCAAUCUGGGAGCCCUGGAACGCAUGCGCAGGAACUUCGGCGUGGAUCGGUGCAUGACAGCGGCCAUGGACCAGUGAUUGAUUGAAUGAAUGAUUAUUCUCUUAGUCUUAGUUCUUAGACACAUUUUUUUUCUUGUUGAUUUUUCGAUAUUAAGCGUAUUAUUAUUGGUAUUUAAAAACAAUUCAAAAUAUUGUAAAUAAACAUGUUCAGCGAAA